AUGUUGCGCUCCUCGGUUCGCAUUGCCAGUCCAAAGCCACUUGUGCUCCGGCGUUAUGGCUCCAGUUCAUCAAUUCCAUUCUCGACUAAAAUGGCUGCGCUGAUCGCCAAGACCAAGCCCGAGCAAAUUUAUCUGUAUAAACCAACGGCUCUGCUGAAAUUUGGGUCAUGGUCCCUUUCUGUUGUAUUCCUCAUCUAUGGUUUGACAUUUGCAGAUUGGUCGAUAUCAAGCUCUCGAGAGCUAUAUGCUCGAGAAGAUAGUGAAAAGAAAGACGAAGAAACUGGUUUCUGGAAUAAUCCUACAUUUUUAUUUGCUUCUAGAAUAAGUGGGUCGGUAGUGCUUUCGUUGAUCCCUCUUACUCUCUCUGCUGCAGCACUAUACUUACCCUCAAGGGUUGUAGCGAGCAUCAAGUACAUUCCACAUGGCUCGUGCCAGCUCACUCGCCGGGCUAUCAUAUCCGGAAAACCAAUAAGCUGCAAGGCGUUAAUCUCAGAUGUGGUUAGAAAUCAGAAAACUAGAGUUUAUACAGGCAAAGGUUUCCAAGGUGUCCAAGACAAUGCAUCCUUUGUAUUUUUCCUCACUUAUAAAACUAGGCCACUAUGGGAUCGGUUCUACAUAGUCAAUCGAUCCGGGAGUUUUUGGGGACAAGAUGGAAGAAUAUUUGACGCCUUGUUCGGGAAAGACAGCAUCAAAAGCUUGGAGAGACAAGACUUCGAUACCAAUAGCAUUGAAACAAAUAAAGAGUCAUCUUCCCUCUUGAAUAUGAUCGAGGAUGAAGAAAGGAAAACCAAACUAAGUGGUAAUGCCACUAGUGCCAAAGACAUUAUAUUAAAAAAUCAAAGAAAAUGA